UGUCUGUGCUGGGUUGAGCUGAGAUAGCAAGUGUUUGUGCCGUAGUUGCCGUACAACAGUGUAGGAGGUCGGUCACGCUGGUGGCCAUUCCGGGUGUGCGCGCGGUCAAUAUUGCUCCUGAAUUCCAGGGUCAACCCGAUCCGUGUGAGAGUGGUGUGUGCGGAAUCCUGCCGGUAGCGUGUGUGCGGUCAGAGUAGGCCAAGAAGAGUGCGAUAGCUGAGCGUUGAACCAACAGGUUGUCGUCGCUUAGAGGCAGCAGCAGCGAAUUCAGUCGGUCAGUGAUCAAUAUAGCGUGGCCAAAUAUGACGGAAGAAAGAAGGGUCAUCGUUGGGGUGAGGUGCUGAAGCUUCGAAUGGCGCGGAAAAAGUGCAGUUAUUCGGUGGUUUGAGAAUUUGUCGUAACUGUCGUGGACGCGGAUUGUAGGUAAAUCGGUGCUUUUGGUGUGAAAAAAGAUCAUCGUUGCGUCGAGCUGGAACACCGCGUUUGCUGAACUGAAAAUAGUGACUCCAGCAUCUUCUCCAGCACGCGUCCACCACAAUGACCCAUCACUCACUCCCAGUGAUGCCAACCGCCGCGGAAUCGAAUCUCCGCCGGGAUCACCCGCCGAGCCGGGGUCACCCAGCAGUGGUGGCCACCGUCGUCAGCAACAGGUUUCCCGCCGUGUUCCAGUAGUAACAAAACAACGCGCUAGCUUAUUUUGGGUUUAUUUAUUGUUUUGCCCAUUUUUUUCGGGGCUUGGUUCGCGCGCGUAUUCGAGAGUGAAAUGAAAGUGUAACCGAAAACGAAAAGAAAAGUUUUCGCACAAUAAUAAGAAAUGUAACAAAAUGUGAGCUGAAGAGAGGUGCGAAGCAAGUAUUGGCGGUUGAGGAAAGUGGAAGAAAAAAAGAGAAACAAUUAUUUCGAAUUACGGUUAAGGUGAGAAGUGCGAUUGCGGUGUGGAUUUGAUCUGCCUGAAGAAAAGGAAAAUUAGAUCAUUCGAAUAAAUAUCGGUUGGAGAGAAAAAAGCAAUCAGUGCCAAAGCUGCAAGCCGCGAAAAUGUUGAAAAUUCAAAUGCUCGAGCAGAUCGUGGCCAACGAGAACGUGCUCGAGGAUGACCAGGUAGCGUCGGUGGCUGCGGCUGCGGCCGCGGCCAGCGGUUCGAACAACUCCGGCGGCGGCUCGUCGAAGGAUGAGAAUGAAGAAACCAAAAGCUUGAACCGCCACAACCGGCUAUCGCCCCAAGGACGGCAGCAUAUGGGCGGGUGGACGACGGCCGCGACCAACGCCAAACAGAAUGGACUGCCGACGACGCCGACGAAGAGUGCCACCACCAGCCCGGACCGGCUCCGGGGAGCAACGCACGAUCUGUUCGAGCUGCUGGAACGUGUCCAGUGCUCCCGCCUGGAUGAUCAGCGAUGUGUCCUGCCCUCGUACUUCACACAGAGUUCGCGUGAAGAACGAAUCUCGAACCCGCACGGCAGCAGUAACAACGGCGGCGGCGGUAAUAACAACGAUGCAUCCAACAAUCUCACCGUACAAAUCCCCCAGCAAACGCGAUCGCUGCUGCGGCACUCGAACAGUAUGUCCUCGAAUCCGCACUCCAACUCGAGCUCGACGCCCGCCUCGCCGCAUCUGCUGUCCAACAGCUCCAGUGGCCACUUACAUCACACGCUAUCGAACGGAGGAUCGCUGCACCAUCACUCGUCGCAGUACCAGAGCCAGUCGUCCGUGAGUUCACAGAGUUCGUCGAUCAUUUCGGCGGUGCCGCCGCUGCAGCGAUUGCUCGAGGAUCACCUCAGCAAACCGGCUCCGUACCAGAUGAUUGUGAUACCAAACAGCGGGGGCUACUGGAUCGAUGGGACCGAUCACGACGCCGGGUACGACAUUCCGUCGCACGCAACGUGGCGGGUGGGAAAGAUCGAGUCGGACGAUACGGCCAAGUGCUACCGGCGGUUCUUUAUCUCGCGGGAACACUCGAACCUGGUCGGUCACGAUGACCAGCUGGGUCCGGUGCUGUUGUCGAUCAAGUCCGAAAAUGUUGCGAACCAAGAUCAUAUCCGAAUACUGCUCCGGCUACGAACGGGGACCAUGCACGAAAUCAUUCCUGCGUCGUGUUUGGGAUCGAAUCCUUCUCCGAUAAAAAUGGCACGACUGCUGAACGAUCAGAUCAACGUUGACAGCUUCAUGCCGGUGUUGUGUCCGAAGGCAUCCACGUUGAUCGCUAGCUACGACGAGCACGUGCUGGUCACGAACUUCAAGUUUGGUGUUUUGUACCAGCGGUACGGCCAAACGACGGAAGAGGAACUGUUUUGCAACAGUGAUACGACACCUGCGCUGGAGGAGUUCCUCGAUCUCCUCGGUCAGCGGAUACGUCUGCGCGAUCACAAGGGCUACCGAGGUGGACUGGACAUUCAGAACGGACACACGGGCGAUACCGCCGUGUACGAAGUGUUCAAAGAGCGGGAGAUCAUGUUUCACGUGUCAACCCUGCUUCCGUACACCGAGGGUGAUCCUCAGCAACUCCAGCGAAAGCGUCACAUCGGAAACGACAUCGUUGCGAUCGUGUUCCAGGAAGAAAACACUCCCUUCUCUCCGGCUAUGAUCGCGAGUCACUUCCUGCACGCGUUUAUCGUUGUGCAACCGUUGGAACCAAACACACCCAACUGCCGGUAUAAGAUUUCAGUGACCGCCCGGGAUGACGUCCCGUUCUUCGGACCCACCCUGCCCCAACCGUCAGUAUUCAAAAAGGGACCCGAACUCAAAGAGUUCCUCCUGACCAAGCUGAUCAACGCCGAGAACGCGUGCUACAAAGCUGACAAGUUCGCCCAACUCGAACUGAGGACGCGAACAUCCCUCCUCCAGAACCUGGUCGACGAGCUGAAGGAAAAGACCCGGGACUUCCUCGGAGCCGACCUGCUCGGAGCACCCACUUCUCCAACUCCAGAAACGCCCAAAUCCGAGGGCGGAUUCACCGGAUCGCGAUUCAUUGACACGGUUAAGAAGGCGCUGAACGCCCGUCUGCGAUCGCAAAACUCCGACCCCACCAACGGAGUCGACUCCACCAACCCAAAGCAUCACAACUCGAUCAAGAAGUCCAAGGAGGUUUCCGAAGCGCCCUGCGGACCCACGGGACAGAAUGUCAAUAUUGGUCGAUCCCUGUCCAAGAGCAGCACGACGGGUUCGCGCAAGUCUCCAAACGAUUCGGUGGCCUCGUCGCCGGACAUUACGUCGCGUUGUUCGCUGAACCCAGGUGGCACGCUGAACAACAACAACACCAACACGGCCAACAACAACCAUCACGGCGGCAGUGGCCAUCACGCCGGAGCACACGGUCCGAAGGGUGGCAGUGGCAAUAAUAACAACAACAACAACGGACCGGUGGCCAUGUCCGAGACGAGCGAUGACUCCAGCCUGAACAGCGUCGAUCUGGAUCCAAUGGUUUUCCCAAACGUAGAUGCCGGCGCGACGUACAUAGACAGUGACACCGGGCUGGAAUCGAUGUCGUCGGCGGACGCGACCACGAAGGCGUGCUCGCUGUGCCUGGACGGGGUGGACCGGGCGGAACGAUCGACUAACGGUGGUGGAAGUGUGAUCAGCGUGAGCGUCGGAACGGGCAGCACCGGUGGGGACAGCACGCGGGAACUGCGCAGCAGCACCGGAAGCAGUUCCGGAGGUGUGGUGGUCGGAGCGACGACGACGACGACGAGUGUGACAGGAGGAGGUGGUGGUCACGGAUCGGUUACCGUCAUAACGAGCCAGGGGGCGGUGGUGGUCGGGCCGGAGAUUGUGCAACAGAUGGAUGGGUACAAGCAGGAAAUUACCCGACUCAAGUGUGAUAAGCUGGAUCUCUUGAGGCAGAAUGUGACUUGCCAACGUGACAUCAAGCGGCUCCGAGAGCGUGAACUAUCACUGCAGGGUGAUCUGGCGGCGGCCGGCAAGGAAAUCCUCCGGCUACGUGACCUGCUGAAGGAGUACAUGCCGGCGACCGCAGGUGAACCGAUAUAAAAAAGAUAAGCAAACCAAAAACGAAGAAGCAGAAUCCUCCUCCAAACGAAAGUAUUUUUCUGGGACGAAAAUUUUCGAGCUGAAGCGGCAGCGCAGCGCAAAAUUGGCAAACACCACACACGCUAUAAUCGUGAGCAUCGUCGUCGUCGUUGUUAUUGUUGUCGCUGUUAUUGGUCCGCCGAAUCAAUCGCAAACUUAUGGAAUACUACUUUCCACUCCUCAUCAUGAAGAUGUGUACACUAUGCUAGGAAGAAAAGCAUAUAAAAGUUAUUAUUUUUUGCCCUUUUUUGUGUAUAAAGAUGUUUAUUAUAAUUUCUAUUUAUUUUAAAAGUACUGUUCACCCCCGCUCUUUACUUGGUAAUCUCUCGUACGAACGAAGAUGAACGCUACCUUUCAUCUUCCGAAAUCAAAGCUAAUUUUAAGGCACAACUCACUUCUGGUAUCCAUCCCACCCCAUUUCAAACAACUCUCGCCGAGACACUCGGAUGAGAUGCAGUCCCGGUCAAACGAAACUAGAACUCACUUUGUAAAUAAAUGUUUUAGAGAGUCUGCUGCUGUUUUCCCUUCUCGGACGCGGACCGGAAGGAAGACUUUGGCUAAAUCAAAAAAGGAACGAGGAGGAAAUGUGUGCGCUGUAAAUGUCAAUUACCUACAUAUUUAUACACUGAGAAAACUUUAAACAUGUGUAAACUGUGUGUGUGUAAGCAUAAUCAAAUCAGAGAAGAGAAGAUAUUUUAACUGAAAUGUUGUUCAUUUUCUUAUUCAUUUUACGCAAACAGAAGUGCAUGUGUAGGAGAAUUUUAAAAAUGUAUUUUUUUUUUUCAUUUUCAUAAUUACAAACACUCGACAAUUAUGGGCUAUUAGUGGAGCGUGUGUGUUCAGUUGAACGAAGGCGAAGAGAUUGCUAACCAAAACCAAAAAAUAGUAAACGUUGAUCGAAAUAUGGACAUCAAUCCGAAUGCUACCAGAUGUUUUAUAAGAUUUUAGUGAGUAGAAUAUAAACCAACAAAAGAUACAAAACAUAAAACAAGGAAAUAUCACAUACAAACAAACCCACUUCAAAACACAGAGUAAAGGUAAAAAGCUACAUGUGCAAUACAUAAUUGAACAGACAAAAAUUAUGCCUUUUACCCGAAAACUUAUGACAAAAAAAAUCUAUCUGAAUUGAAGCUUGUGAAUUUUGAAUGACUUUAGAGAGAAUAAUACUAAAAUAAAAGAAAACGUUUCAGUUUGAAAUUUAGACUAUCCCCUGUUUUAGAUGAAAUCUUUAAGAAAUUGAAAAAAAAAAACAAAAAACAAAAUAGUAACGAGGUAUUAAAAAAACAAAAAAUCAACAAGUAUGUACGAAAUACAACUGCCUUCUAUUAUUAACUCUCUACACUUAUUAGAAAUGUUUCCAAUUUAAGACAAAAAAAUAACGCCUAAAAUCACCUUGAAACGUACUUUGAAAAAGAGACAAACCACGCAUCCUUCUGCAAACUAUCCGCGCGAUAGACGAAACUUAUUCAAUGAAUUGAUACCAAAGUUAACAACAUUCCCAAAAAAUGAAAAAAAAAAUAUAAACCUGAAUUUGUGAAACCUCUGUCCCUCUGUGUUACAGAAGCAAAAAACUCAAACAUCACAAACAAGCCGCUUUUACUGUCACGUAUUUGAACGAAAACCAAACAAGUAAAACAAUAGAUGUUGCCAACCGAUAUUGAGAACAAAUCAACAAAAAGUAGAUUUUGCACCAAAAAAAAGUAAACAACACACACAAACAUUCUAAUAAACAGUCACUUGAUGUAAAACUGCAGCGUAAAAACAAAAACAAAACAUAGCUACAAGUAUUGUGUUAGUAAAAGUAAACGAACAGUGUCCGGAAAGUGUUUUGUGAGAGUAAAAACAGGUUGAAAAUGGAUUGACAAGGUUUGAACCACAUCACAGCAGGAACAAAUGCGACUUGAAAACAAAAAUCGGAUCUUUAGAAGAGAGAAAAAAAAUCAAACAACCGCUGGAAAAAAAGAGAGCAGAGGAAAUCUGAACUAAGGAAUCAUUUGGAAGCAAACAAUGGAAUAGACUAUAUAUAUUUUAAACA